AUGGCGGACCGAGCCCUGGCAGAAGACCUGGUCGGAGAGGUGCGGCGGCACGGUGGCACCUUGCAGGCGAACUACUUGCCGGCAGUGCGCCCCGACCUCCGCAAGCGCCUGGGAGAUGGAAAGCUGCUGCAAUUCGUCGCGCUCUUCCCCGACCUCUUGCAGGUGCGGCCAUGGCACGGCGGCCACCUCCUUUGCUCCUGCGAGGGGGAUCCCAGCACCGCCCAAACGAAGAAGGCCGUGGGCCAAGCUCCCUCGGGCGCCACGCGGCCGGGGCCGGGCCAGGGUCAGCUGAGCGAGCGCGCGGUGCACGCACUGCGGCAGCUGGAGCGCGAGCUGAUCCAGCGCCUCAGCACGCGGCUAAAAAGCUCCGAGACGGCCGCUGUGGAUGUGGCCUGGCUGCUGCACAACGGCAAGAUUCGACGGCGAAUCGGUGCCGUUGUCCGCUUCCAUCCAAUUCCUGAGCUCUUCGUGCAGACUGCCUUGGCCAAGGCAUCUGAGACUGCAGAGGACGGGGAGGAUGACGAUGCAACGCCCCAGCGAGGGGUGUCGUCUUCUUGCCCGUUGUCCGACCAUGCCAGGACCUAUGCUGGAUAUUUGUUGCAGUUUCUGCGCGAUCGGCACGAGCUGUUCCAACUGUGCCCUGCUCACGGCGGCGAUCGUCCAGUUUGUAUCUACGGUGACGCUUGCUGCUCCUGCCGGAUGAGGGUCUCCAUCUUGCCAGAAGGGUGGAAGAUGCUCAAUUCUCUUGCUGACGACGAGGAUCUGGAAGCUCUGAUCCAGCUUGUGGCACAGAAGGUGAGUCAACUGACCACGGCGUGUGGCAGUCAGAAGGUUCCGCUGGUUCGCCUCGGCCGCGAUGCUGACGUGAAGAAGGCCUUGCGCGGUCGUGCCUUGCUGUCAUUCCUCGAUGCAGAUGCGCGGCGUCAAGCUGCUGCAGGGCAUGGGCCUCGCCUUCGUUUGGAGACGAGCAGCGCGACGUUCCUGAUCGCUCUCCAACCUGGUGCUUUCAAGUUGGAGGAGGCAGCGCCAGCACUUCCGACGGCCAACAGGAACCGCAGGAUGGCGGCACCACCAUCGAUCUGCCUCCUGGGUGAGGCUCCCGGCUUGGCGGUGCUUCGGAAGCCCCCGAAGGUGACCACUGAGGCCUUGUUGGAGGCUCUUCAGUCCCACUUCGACCAGCAGAACCUGGCCAGGCAAGUCAUCUCGGUUAGCCGCCUGGACAGAGAUACUUCAGGGGUCCUCGUGGCGGCGACGUCCACCGAAGGGGCCGACUGCCUCACGGAGCAGUUCAAGGCCCACAGCGUUUUCAAGCGCUACCUGGCUCUCUGCAGCGGUUGGGUGGCCGACGCCCGAGGGCAGAUCAAUGCGAAGCUGUAUAUCUCGGGCUUUGCAGAGAAGUAUCGAGCCUACGUCUCUCCCAAAGGGAAAGAGUCGGUAACAGACUUUGAGGUCCUGGCUUACCUCAGCCGCCCUUGCGAUGCAGUGGGUUCUAAGGCUACCCCCGCUUGUGACGACUUGGGCAGGGCAGUGUCUGCCUACGCCGCAAGCAAGGCUGCAGACAAGGAGUGCUACACCCUCCUCGCAUGCUACCCUCGAACGGGGCGCACGCAUCAGAUCCGAGCCCACCUCGAGUUCCGAGGGCAUCCGCUGGUAAGCGAUGCCAACUACAACCCAAGAGGACAAGUUCGGCGGCAGUUCGCUUGGUGCCCACGCCUCUGGCUACACUGCGAGCAGAUGGUAUUCAAGGACUGCCAAGGCGCUAUGCAAACCUUCAGGGCACCGGUACCUGACGAUCUCCUCGAGGCCCUCUCGGCACUGGAGGGGCUGGAUGCUACGCUGCUUGCUGAGUUGAAGAGCUGA